UGGAACAGUUGGAGUGGGUAAAUCCUCCAUUGCACAUGCGAUUGCAUAUGAGUUAGGUCAGCCAAUAAAGGAAGCUACUUGUACAGAGUUGUUGUCACAUACUGUGUCUUCAAAUCCUCGUGCUGGGCGUGGUGUGGCUACCUUUUUCAGGGAUGCUGCGAGGGCUAAUGCUAUAGUUGUGCUAGAUGGGGCAGAGUUUAUACUGGGAUCAGUGUCAAGUGUUCAAUCAAGUGGUGUGAUAGGAUGUGAGACAUAUUCAUUAGCUUAUCAAAUUGAGCAGUACACAGGUAUGACUAUCCUUACCACAAGGUAUGAGAUUGGACUUCUUGAUCUAUCCCGGCUUCCAAAAAUGAGGUAUGUGGUUCCACUGUGGACUCCCAGUGUUAACCUGAGAGAAAAAAUAUGGAGUAAAUUAUUGCCUAAAAAACUACCAGUCUCAUCUUCAAUUGAUGUAAAGAAACUAGCUGAAAGGUUUAGCUUCACAGGAGGUGACAUUGGAUCAGUUAUAUGUACUGCUGCCGAAAUUAUAGCUGGAGGAGAUAAUGCUAAUAUUCAGUCACCUUCCUCUGUGACUACUGAACUAUUGGAACAAGUUGCCGAGACUCAUUUGAAGAAAAUGAAUCAAUCAAUGGGACACUCUAUCCAGUCAAUGUUUCAAUAGACACAAGUUACUGUAGUGAAACUAAUCUUGGUAGAUUAUUGUGUGCAUGUGUGUAUGCAUGAAAAUACUUGUACCUUGGCUGUAUUAUUGAUUGUUUUUAUUGCUGUCUUUUUAAUCUUUUUAUUCACUAGGAUAAGAAUUUUUUUUAGUUAUUAGAUAUUUUUAAAAGUAGCAUUAAUGUACUAUUGCAUAGUGUAUGGUGUUUCCAAAAAUAUUUCUGAAAUGUAAAAUUUUUAAUGUGAUCACGAUCAAAACUUUGUGAAUUAUAAGGCUCAUUUACACAUUGGUUUGCAUUUUUUUAAAAUUGUACAUUGUGAGGAUUUAUGUGUGAUUUAUAUUCAUUGUGCUUAUUGAUUGUCAGUUAUUAUUAAUUAUUAGUUCAUUAUUAUUCAUGAAUGUAUUUUGUAUAUAAGAGAGUAAUUUUUGUGAGCCAUUUUGUGUGACUGUGUGUGUGUGUGUGUGCAGUGUGUAGAAGUGUUUGAGCGUAGUUUGAGUGUUAUUGAGUCGUUGGGAGAUAGUGUGGCACUAUCUAUCUUUAUUUGAUAUUAUUGUUUGAACCAGUAAAACUGGUAUAUUAUUUGAAAGAGAUUCUGUUGAAAUAUA